AUGUAUUAGAUUGUUCAUGUUCCACAAUCCACAGUCGUCAGUCGUUAGCACCAGGUUAGCACCCAGCAGAACUAUAAUAAAACUAAAGCAACAUAAUUCUAACAAAAUGGAAUGGCAGAACAAAAACCAAAACCGAACGCACAGUGGCUUCAAUGGAGAGAACGAAAUGAAGUGGAACGGGCCAUUCUUUUUCAUUCAAGCGGCUGAUUGUCAACUUGGUCUUAUACAACGUUACAUUGAAAAGAACCCAGAGCCUGGGUGGCAAAAGGAAAUCGCUCUUACCAAAACAGCUGUCGAGAAAAUCAACAGUCUUCAGCAAAAACCAAGGUUUUUUGUCAUUUGUGGCGACUUGUGUGAUGCAUUUCCGAGUGAAGAACCUGCGUUGAGAGCGGAACAGGAGCGAGAUUUGAAGCGAAUACUGAGCAAUCUUGACCCUUUGAUACCCCUGGUGUGCGUGUGCGGAAAUCAUGAUGUGGGGAACCAACCGAGCAGCGCUGACUUGCUAGCAUAUCAAUCAUCAUUUGGCGAUGACUAUUUUUCAUUCUGGUGUGGCGGCGUUUUCCAUAUCGUGGUAAACUCUCAAUUCUGGCAUGAUCGCAGUCUGGUCAAAGAAGAAGCAGAAAAACAAGACCAUUGGCUUGAAGAGCAGCUGAAUACAUUGAAAAAUUCAGGAGCAAAGUUUGGCAUUAUAUUCCAGCACAUCCCGUGGUUUUUGAAUGAAUAUGACGAAGCUAACACUGCAGAUGCUUACUUUUCUUUGCGGCCAGAAAUUCGGCAAAAGUGGCUGCCCAAAUUCAAAGAAGCAGGAGUUAAAGUCGUGUUUUGUGGACACUACCAUCGAAAUGCUGGAGGAUUUUUUGAAGAACUGGAGAUGGUAACUACAAGCGCGAUUGGUGGACAACUUGGAUCCGACAAGUCCGGGAUGAGAAUUGUUAAGGUUUUUGCAGAUCACGUGAAACACGAGUAUUUUCCUUUCACACAAUUUCCUGAAAACGUUUUACUUAAUAUGUGAAAUACCAAGUUUAUCAGUGCAAUUGAGAUAA